AUGGCUCUCGCGCUCCCCUCUCUCUCCGUCCUCAACAACCCCCAGACGAAGAAAUGGCUGUACCCUACGUUGUGGUUCAUACUCGUGGUGUGGUUCCUCAGUUCCACCGUCCAUAAGACCGGUCACUACCAUGGAGCACCCACUCGGCUCCUCACGAACUCCUCGCUGUCAAACAUCGUACACGAUCUCUCACACUCGGACUCCUCAGGAUCCGUAUCGAAUGGCGGAAACCAGCCGGGCGUCACUGCCAAUGCGAGCACGAGUAUCAAGUCUGCGGUCAUAAUCGAGACGCGGAGAUCGGCUGCCAUCAUCCCUCUUGUGCUACAUUUCAGUGCUGUAUUGGGUCCCGAUUGGCCUGUUAUCAUAUAUACCUCUGCGGAGAAUUUUGGGUCUUUUACUACAUCACAAGCCUUGCUGCGGCAUCAGAAAAGCGGGAGAGUGGUUAUCCGGUCCUUGCCUGAGGGGCUGUUCUUCCCGAACUGGGACUCGGUGUCAAAUUUUUUGACCACUCCGUGGUUGUGGAAUGAUCUUGCGCCGGCAGACCAUGUUCUUAUUUUCCAGAGUGACAGUGUACUGUGCACGAACAGCGUGAGGAGCGUGGAAGAUUUCUUUGAAUAUGACUAUGUGGGUGCGCCCAUUGCACCUGAGCUGGGAGUUGGAUACAAUGGAGGGUUGAGCUUAAGGAAGAGAACUACAAUGUUGAGAGUUCUGGAAGAGUUCCAGUGGGGUGGAGGUCCUGAAGAUCAGUGGUAUUUUGCCAGAAUGGCUGAGCUUAGAACAGCUGAUGAAGAGAGUGGAAUAGAAAACGGUAUUCGGUUACCAAGUAUGGAAACGGCGAGAACGUUUGCUGUAGAGACGAUAGACUACCCGACGCCGCUGGGACUACAUCAACCCACGAGGUUUAUAGCUGCACAUGAUCAUAUGAUACCCUUGGACGACUGGUGUCCGGAAUAUAAAUUGGCGCGAACAGAUCGGAUUAAUGAGUAG